GGUGAGAUCAGGUUUGGGUAGCGUGCUGGUUUGCGUUCACGGAUGUGUCCCGGAUGUAAACAGUUUGGGGCGGCGAGGUCACUUCCUCGUUGUAGUGGUACGUUUUGUACGGGCGGGCACGGCGAUCAUCAAGGUUACUUGGUUCAGAUUUCCUGACCUAAGACAAGAUGAAUGGCUCAUCACUGCUGCUGCGAUUUCCUCUCUCCUGUUUACUUAAGAAUGUUAGGAAAUUAUAUCUGAAGAGUUUCUGCUGGAGCUAUAGAUUUGCUUUUCCAUGUAGCCAGCAGAGUAAAUCAUUAUCAUUGUGUUGUUCGAGGAGAAUGAUCUCUGCUAAUGGCUUGAAGACUGGCCUGUGCUAUCCAGCAGCAUUAGAACCACAGACCCCGGAGCUGUCUGACAAGGAGCAAAGACUUCUAGACAGAUUGUACAAGGGCAUAAUCCAAGGGCACAGGGCCUGUUUGGCAGAAGCUAUUACUCUUAUGGAGUCCAUGCACAGCAGGAAGAAGGAGGUUGCACAGGUGCUCCUUCAGAAGGUACUAUCCUACCACAAAGAACAAGAACAGUUAAAUAAAGGACAGCCACUAGCCUUUAGAGUGGGUUUGUCCGGUCCCCCUGGUGCUGGGAAAUCAACAUUUAUUGAAUGCUUUGGGAAAAUGCUCACUGAGAGAGGACACAAAGUAUCUGUACUGGCAGUGGACCCCUCCUCGAGUACUAGUGGGGGUUCACUCUUGGGUGACAAAACAAGAAUGACCGAGUUAUCAAGAGAUAUGAAUGCUUACAUCAGGCCAUCUCCAACCAGAGGAACCUUAGGUGGUGUGACACGGACCACUAACGAAGCCAUCCUAUUGUGUGAAGGUGGAGGCUAUGACAUUGUUCUUGUGGAAACAGUAGGUGUGGGGCAGUCGGAAUUUGCUGUUGCUGAUAUGGUUGAUAUGUUUGUAUUGCUGCUGCCACCAGCGGGGGGUGACGAGUUGCAGGGUAUCAAACGAGGUAUAAUUGAGAUGGCAGAUCUUGUUGUUGUAAACAAAGCUGAUGGGGAUCUCAUAGUGCCAGCACGGAGAAUUCAAGCUGAAUACAUCAGUGCUCUGAAAUUACUCCGCAAGCGUUCACAGGUCUGGAGGCCGCAGGUAAUGCGAAUCUCUGCCAGAACUGGAGAAGGCGUUUCUGACGUAUGGGAUAAGAUGACAGAAUUCCGAGGCCUCAUGCUUGCAAGUGGAGAAUUGCUUGCCAAAAGGAGGAGGCAGCAAAAAGUGUGGAUGUGGAAUGUGAUUCGGGAAAGCAUGCUGGAUCAUUUCCGGAGCCACUUGGCAGUGAGAGAUCAGAUUCCGCUUCUGGAAGAAAAGGUUGUCAGUGGUGUUCUGUCUCCUGGACUGGCUGCAGACAUGCUGCUGAAAGCUUUUAAAGAAAAAUCCUAACACCUGUUAUGUAAAAUAUAAGAACAUUAAAAACAUAUAAACAUUACAAUUUUUCUGAGGCAUUUUUUUUUCAAUUUUAGUGAAUCUGUAUACUUCUACAGAGCAAGCAUCUGUUUUGUUGGAUUCCCAGUGUGGUGCAGUGGAUAGAGUGAUGGACUAGGACUCUGGAAA